GACAGGAGCGCAACACCAGUCUUCUUGACUCCCCGACCGCAUCGCACCUCUGUCCCGCCACACUGGACUAUUUUAUCUUGCUUUCACUCAAAGAGGAUACAGAGGAGAUCGUCUGUGUAAACCGAAAGCCUGGCUCUGGGAUGUUUCAUCUGGGUUAAUAUGGCACAGUAAGUAAGUUUCCUGUGUUUUGCACCGGCUGCGCAAAAGACGAGAAGAGGAGGUGGAACUUUCAUACCGGACCUUUUCUGGCACCGCGGCUGCAGCGCGCUGGUUUUCUAUCAGAGGAGGUGAUAUCUGCCACCGGCUUCCCUUUCUCUUCAGAGCGGCUAAGGAGGUGGAUGGUAUGGUGUAACUUUUCUGCUCCAGCCAGUGAGUGAGAGGAGCCGUCUCAUGGUGCAGGAGAAGCGAUGCCAGCCUCUCGUUCGUCUCGGAUAGCGGAGCGGCUAUGAGGAGAGAGGUCAUCCUGCUGGGCUAAGAGAACAAGACCACACCGCACCAACAGAAUGCGGGAACGGGGUCUUUGCAUUUGUGGAGUAGGUGUGUGGAGUCUACUGCUGUCCCUCUGUCUGGCCUCCCUGACACACGCACACAGGAGCCACAUAGUGCACGUGAAGGCGGGGACAUGUGAGGUGAUCGCCGCCCAUCGCUGCUGCAACAAGAACAAGAUUGAGGAGAGAUCUCAGACUGUCAAAUGUUCCUGCUUCCCUGGACAGGUUGCCGGCACCACACGGGCCAUGCCCUCCUGCGUGGAUGCCUCCAUUGUAGCCCAGAAGUGGUGGUGUCAGAUGCAGCCAUGUAUGGAAGGUGAGGAGUGCAAGGUUCUCCCAGAUCUCACAGGAUGGAGCUGCAGCACAGGCAACAAAGUCAAGACCACAAAGGUGACCCGAUAGUCCGCCCCCUCUCAAAAGAGAAGAACUGGGGGGGGGGAAUGGUGGUGGAGAUACUGACACAGCACAAUGGACCUGUUAGUGGUAAGGAAACGCACACGACGGCUUCAGUGAGGAACCACUUCUGUUUCAUUUUUCUGAGGAUAUCCAAGAAAUGGAGGCUGAAGAGACAGGACUAUAUUACUGCCUGCCAUCACCAUUGAGCGUCCUUGGUCUUUCAGUGCAGACGUCUGCAUCACCCACAAUCCUUUACUGCUACUACAAACUUCAACAAAGCGAACUAUGACCUUAACAACACUGGAUAAGAUGAUUAAAAAAAAAGACAACAACUUUCUUUACAAUACUCUGUAGUCCUCAUCUCUCUUCUAUGGCUUAGUUGUGUUCCAUAUGCAUACUGGGAAUAAAGGGGAUGUGGAUUUUUUGACAAAUAUCCUGUACAACAAACAUGGUGACAAAAAAAAUCCAGAAUGGCUGCCUCAUUUAUUAGUCUGGUUGACAUACACACAUUUUACUGUGCCACAUGUGACACACUUGCUGCUGUCAAAUUGUUUCUCAGACCUGAACCUUUUCUUUUCUCUGAUUUCACCUCCAUACGGAUAUUUUACCUUGAACCGUUUGAACACACAUCAUUUUUUUUUUCUCAAAUGAGGAGACAGUUUGUUUGUCAUCUGUUUUCUUUUGUUCUGUUUUUUUAACAAAGGGAAAAAAAAUCCAGGUUGAGGUUAGACUAAUACCAAGUAGAUGUUAUGGUAUAUUGAAACAUGUAAACGUGUAAAAAAUGGUUCAUGGAAUCAACGGGGCUAAAAAUACAUUGACGCUCUAAUGGUUUUAAUAUCUGUGUUUUUAAACGCCUGUUAACCGCUAUUGAGUACAUGUGUCAGUAUUAUAUGAAAUGAAUAAAACCUUUCAAAAGAAAACAUACAUCUCUGCAUUUGUUUCCAAGACUCCAA